UCCUUCAUCAGGCGUCUCCAUUUCUCUCUCAUGACCCUAGGUCCUUGGGAAGGCCGUGCUGUUGCCUUUGUGCUGGGUUGUGGCCUCGGUGUCCUGCUCAGGAUGUUUUGGGUUCUCACUGUCGUCGCCUACCGCACUGUCAGGGGCGGUAACAGUAACCAAGAAUCAUCAUACAUUGCUCUUCCCAACCGAUACGAUCCCGAAGAGGUUUUCGUCCCCCCUCCUGUUUAUAUCGUUGACGAGAAA